AUGGUCUUUUCAGACAAGAACCUGCACCAGGGCUAUAGGUCAGCUGUAGCAGCCAUUCGGUGUCUAACUGCCAUGAGACCAGAAGGAAGCACGAGGGCUAGGAUACUGCCGAGUUGCCCAAGCCUAGACAGGGAAAGUCGAGAGGCAGGGGUCGGGUUCGGACCACGGACAAUCCGAAGCUCUUGUCUCCGAUCGUCAAACCACAUGGUCUUUUCAGACAAGAACCUGCACCAGGGCUAUAGGUCAGCUGUAGCAGCCAUUCGGUGUCUAACUGCCAUGAGACCAGAAGGAAGCACGAGGGCUAGGAUACUGCCGAGUUGCCCAAGCCUAGACAGGGAAAGUCGAGAGGCAGGGGUCGGGUUCGGACCACGGACAAUCCGGUCAGUAAAUUUGCGCCCAAACCACUGA